AUGUCACACCAGGACAAUAUAGAGAAGACCACCUGUAACAAAGUUAAUCCUGUUAAAGACUGUAAAGAAUUCAGGUUAUUACAGAUUAAUGGAACAUGGACCAAGCAGCCCAGGGACUGUACAAAUGAAGAGGGUAAGCAGUCAGAGGCAAAGAUCUAUGAGGCGAUAACAGAACAGGGUUAUGUCUGGACAGUGGUCAGCCCCAUCACAUUCACCUAUAAAGUGAUUCAGUGCAAGAACCUUCUUGAUCCUGGGAAUGACACCAUGUUGUAUGGCCACAUAAGCAACCCAGAUGAACUCAGAGUCCUUCAGAAUAGUCCCAAACAGAUUAAACGUUUUAUUGUUAUCGACGACACUGUCAACAAACUAUACGGCACAGAGGUUGUUGCGUAUCUCCAGGCCCGAAAUGUAGUAUAUAAAAUCCUCCCUCUUCCCACCACGGAAGAGAACAAAUCCAUGGUUCUUGUGACCACCAUCCUGGAAGAGCUCCAUAAAUUUGGGAUUGACAGACGAACUGAGCCGAUCAUUGCUAUUGGUGGAGGAGUUUGCUUGGAUAUUGUGGGACUGGCAGCGUCACUGUAUCGCAGGCGAACGCCAUACAUCCGGGUUCCAACCACCCUUCUAUCUUAUGUAGAUGCCAGUGUGGGCGCAAAGACUGGUGUCAACUUUGCCAACUGCAAGAACAAACUUGGCACCUACAUCCCCCCAGUUGCAACCUUCUUAGAUAGGUCUUUUAUACCGACCGUUCCCCGUCGACACAUUUCAAACGGGAUGGCAGAGAUACUGAAGAUGGCGCUAAUGAAACACAGGCAGUUGUUUGAGCUGCUGGAGUCAGAGGGUUCAAACCUGCUGGACUCCAGGGUUCAGUCCUUGGAUGGGACCAAGGGGACUGAUGACAGUGAUGCUGCCACCGAAGUCACCAAGAUUGCCAUAGAGACCAUGAUUGAAGAGCUUGCACCAAACCUAUGGGAAGAUGACUUGGACAGACUGGUAGACUUUGGACACCUUAUCAGCCCAGAACUAGAAAUGAGGGUGCUUCCUGCUUUGCUACAUGGGGAGGCUGUGAAUAUUGACAUGUCCUUCAUGGUGUUUGUGGCUCGGGAACGAGGGAUGCUGACAGAGGAGGAGAAGCUGAGGAUCAUCCGCUGUAUGGAGAGACUUGAACUGCCAGUGUGGCAUCCAGAAUGCACAAUGGCCCUAAUACACAAAUCUCUGAAUGAACGUCUCAGGCACUCUGGUGGCCUGGUUCGCAUGCCCCUGCCAACGGGACUGGGAACUGCAGAAAUCUUCAACGACACCACUGACGACACCCUGAGACGUGCAUUUGAGAACUGGUGUAAUGAAUUCAGGGCUUAUAAGAGUCUAGAUACUUCCAUGGAGUGA